AUGGGCAAUACCGAAUCACAGCAGAAACAACAACCGCAAAACGGUCAACAAACCGGCUCUUCUUCUUUUAAGGAGAAAAGCCCAACGAAAAGCGUGAAAGAGAAACGUGAGACGACGCCGGUGAAAACGAUUAUCGAGAAAAAAGAGCCCGUCAUCGCCACACGGAAUCCAAUGUUUCCCGAAACGACUUUCCACAAAUAUAAUGUCACUCAAGAUUAUCGAAUCAGCCGUAAUGUGUUGGGCGUUGGAAUAAACGGAAAAGUGGUCGAAUGCGAGCAGCGAACGAGCGGCGCAAAAUACGCGUUGAAAGUACUCCGCGACUCCGUGAAAGCAAGACGAGAGGUGGCUCUCCACAAAAUGGCCUCCAAUCAUCCGCAUAUCGUGCGCGUGUUGGAUGUUUAUGAGAACACGUACAACGAGGUGGCUUGUAUCCUUGUUGUGAUGGAGCAAAUGAAGGGUGGAGAGUUGUUCACGAGAAUUCAGGAUCGUGGCCAGCUCGCUUUCACCGAACGUGAGGCGGCGAAGAUCAUGUAUGAGAUUUGCUCGGCUGUCAACCAUCUCCACUCAAUGAAUAUCGCGCAUCGAGACAUUAAACCCGAGAAUUUGCUCUACAGUGAACCUGGUCAAAGUGGUGUGCUCAAGCUAACCGAUUUCGGUUUCGCGAAAAAAACUGACGACAAUGAAACUCAAGGAUUGAAUACCGCUUGUUUCACUCCAUAUUAUUGUGCUCCAGAGAUCUUGGGAACGGGCAGCUAUGAUCGAUCGUGUGAUUGCUGGUCGAUCGGCGUCGUUAUGUACAUUUUAUUAUGCGGCUAUCCACCAUUCUUUUCCGAGCACGGCGAAGCGAUGUCACCGGGGAUGAAAAGUCGAAUCAAAAGCGGCAAAUAUGGUUUCCCGUCGCCCGAAUGGGAUUCCGUUUCACAAGCAGCAAAAGACCUCAUCCGGAAACUCCUUCGCACCGAUCCCAACGAGCGCUACACGAUCAAGCAGGUGAUGGACCACAAAUGGAUCACCCACUAUCACGAGGUGCCAGCCACACCGCUAGCCACUGUAGGAAUGCUAGCCGAUCAAAAGCAACAAUGGGGAGAGAUGCAGGAGGAAUUCGAUAAGACUCUCACCGCGAUGCGAAUGGACAACGAGCAAAUCGAGAUCAAGAGCCUCUCCGAAAGCAAUAACAAGCUGCUCGCAAAGCGGAAACAAAAAGCUCAACAAACAAUGACUCGCGUCGAAGAA